AUGUCAAGGUACAGUAGAGAAAGCAAAACGAAAGUAGGGAGGUGGACUACUGCACCAACAUCGCCAUCCGCCAUUUCGGUUGCGGGGACCUGGGCCCUACCUCACUCCAUCUCUAAGCGCUCUCCCGAUAUCCCAGCGGCGAGCGCCAGCUCGUCCCUAGGAUCGAUCUACUCUGUACACUUCUCUCUUGCUGGCUCUCACUCAACACUCACUCAAGACGCCCGGACACCCAUCCUCAUCACGCCCCCCAACAUACCACCUCUCGUGCGCUGGGUUCGUCCUCGUCCAACAAUCCCUUUCACAAGGGUUCCUGAUACUCGGCGGCGGAGAUCUGCACCAUCUUCCCUCUUCGUGGCUGUCGGACGGUCGGACGAUCGGGCGGUCGUCCACAUCGCACUCGGCAGGAUGGAUACGGCUCUGAUCACGUUUAUGGCUCGAUCCGUCAACCUGAUUGGAUCGUGGGACAACUUUAGCAAACGCUACCCGAUGGAGCGAGACACUAAACGAUCCAGCAGCCAAUGGCGUGGCUGCUACACUUUUGCUGAUAUCAUCUGCGAUGGGGACGAUGAUGGGCACCCGUCCAAUGGGGAGCGCCGGCCGAAACGCAAUGGUGGUUUGAAGAUGGGGGCCACCUAUUAUUACUACUACGAGCUGGACGAUGGCACCGAGUAUCACGACGAGUUGAUCCCGUCCACGACUGCCUGUCCAUAUCUCCCCGGUCAGCCCGUCAACCUUCUCUGUGUGCCCAUCGAAGUUCAACCGCUACGGCGUCGAAGCGCAUCAAUGAGCUCCAUGGCCAGCGGCGAUAUCAAGACCAUGAACCCGGCGGAUAAGUUCAUGACCCCGAGAGCACCUCCGCCACCACCGGUACCACGGCUGAACACCUCAUCCGCAGUCCUGACGAAGAGGCGCUCGGCACGUUCGCUAUCGCCCAAGCCGGAAAAGUCAGCAUGGCCAACACGAAUGUUCUUUGGUCGGAGAACCCCAGAAAAAUCACCCAUAUCGCCGGUAGAUAGACGUGGCAGGCCGACGUUUACGCGUACGCCACAUAGGAGGGCCAACUCGGCCGUAUCUUCUCUCACUCGACCAGUACCGGAGGACGCGAGGAAGGUCAUGUCGGGGGAUGCAUCGGCGCAGAAUCUUUUGAAGUCAUUAUCAACAUCCCGGGAUCCCUCGCCGUUGCGCCAGCUCACUGCCCUCGAGAUACCCGACGAGAUUGUAGAGGAAGCCGAGGACGACGACAACUUCGCCAGCGAACUCACCCGCCUGUCCUUGCUACAUCUCACUCCUCUCGCGCCUCCGCCCGGAGCCCGCUCUCUCACCGUGCCCCCGCCCGGAUCCCGCUCUCCCCUCAUGCGCCUCCGCGCCACCUUGCGCAAUACAUCCAAGCCCCUGCCCCAGCUCCCAGAAGAAGAGGAUGACGUCUCGUCCCCCUCGUCCCAUACUGUUCAGCCUGCCUUACCCAAUCCCAAGCUCCCACGAUCGCGCUUCUCGGCUUCGACUUUCGCGUCUGAAGUUACCUCGCCGACAGAUAGUCAUUUCAGCUUCAGCUCCGCCUACUCCACGACUUCGGACAUUGAUGCUGAUGAUGACAUGGGUAGCGGUGACGAGUUCACGUACAGUCCUACCUGCAAGGUGCAAUCCAUAGGCUUCGGGUUCGGCGGCUACAGUCUCCCAGAAUCGGACUACGGCUCUGAGCAGACUCUGUGCAAGCAACCCCCGCUAGGCCAGGCCAACAACCGCGCGACCUUCGGAGCGGGCAUGACACAUUUCGCAGGCGCGGGUGCGAGUGCGCAGGCCGAGCCGGUGAGCUCGCACCGGCUUUUGAUGAACGAGAUGGGAUACCUAGGGGAUGUGAUUGAGGGGAAGGAGGUGUAG